GACAGAGACUCGUUUUUGAGUCUAGUUGAGUCAAGGUUAGCAACGCCUUAACUGUGCUUCUGAAGAGGCAACGAAUCGAAGAAGUGUAGCGAUAAUCACUGCCCCAAAAUGACUACCAUAGAACUAACACUUAAGCACUUGUAAUGGCUUGCCGUAUUCGCUGCUUUCAAGCAAAGAGUGGAACGCAAGUUCCCAAGUUUUAAGGAGUCUCGGAGUUUGGGGUGAAGGUCACUACUAGGGGAAUCGAACCAACACUAAAGCAACACUGAGGAAAUCAAUUGUUAGGUUUUUAACGCUUUUAUGACUAGACGCCGGUACCUCGCGUACUUUUAAAGCGGAAAAACGCAAAAAUUCACCAACAAAGAAAUAAGCACAACUUCAUAUACACUCGAGAGCAGGAAAGGAACUAGUGUAGUUAUAUGUAUGUGUAAACAUGUGUAAUAUCCCGGACGGGCCCCCAAUUGUUACGUGUGAGCAUACACUGAACUGUAGAGGAUGGACCAUGAAGGGGUGUUGCUCACACUAACAAUGGAAGGGUUAAAAGAAAAGAGAAAAGGAGACAUUUUAACUGCUAUUUAAUAUCUUAAAGUUAACCCUUAAAUUAAGUAACAAUACAAAAUUGAAGAUUAUUUAAGUAAGUAAAAGUAAGUAACAAGGAGUGGCAAUCUGAACUGGACUGAAUAACUUAAAAGACUGGUUCAGUUAAUAACUUAAGCCAAGUUAGUAAAUGCAUAUAGAUACAAAUUACAAAAAUAAACACCUUUACAUAUACAUAAUAGAAAAUAAAUAUAAAUGUGUUUGUGUGUGUGUGUGUGUGUGUGGGUGUGUAACACUGGUGUAACUCUUACCACCGCUCUCGAGUGUACAUGAGGCUCCCAGCGUAUGCCAAGGCGACCUCAGAGCUGUAGCGACCCUUGGAGGAGACUGAAGCUCGAUGGAACUCCACCCCUCGUUAUCGGCUUGGUAGCCUGCUAGAGGUCACGUAUCCAGUAUGCCUCAAGCUAUACACGUGGCAGCGCCACGGGUUGAGAGGUAGGCACCUGGUUCCGUGGUAGAGUAGUCACGUGUGUGACACCAUUCUCCCAGAUGGAGUAGUUCAUGAGGGACAUGGAGAGGAAGUUCAAGAGAGACAUUGAGGACAUCCUAGGAACCUUUGCCAAGAAUACCUGGUGGUGGUGAGGGAGCGCCUGGCAUCCGUCAAGAACAAGGUGCUGGUGCUGUCUGGCAAGGGAGGCUUGGGCAAGUCCACUGUGAGUGCCAUGCUGGGCCUUACCUUGGCCCUCGAUGACUCCAAGGAGGUGGGGUUCCUUGACAUUGACAUCUGUGGGCCGUCUCAGCCGCGGGUGUUGGGGACAGCAGAGGAGAAGGUCCACUCUUCAGGUGUUGGCUGGUCCCCUGUGUAUGUGUCUGACAAUCUGGCUGUCAUGUCCGUUGGGUUCCUGCUCAACAGUGCAGACGACGCUGUCAUCUGGAAGGGACCCAAGAAAGAUGGAAGUGGCUCUGCUGGAUGUGAGGAAGGAAAUCACAUUCUGCAGGAAAGUGAACAUUCCCAUCAUUGGCCUGGUGGAGGACAUGACCACCUUUGUGUGCCCCAAGUGUAAGACCAAGAUGGCCGUCUUCCCUGCCACUACUGGGAUGUGACCCCCAGCUGGCAGAGGAUACUUAGAUGCCACUGCUUGGCCAGCUGCCGCUGGACCCCCGGGUGGCCCAGGCGUGUGAUGAAGGCACCAACAUUCCAACACAAGAUUCAGAUGCUGCUGUCACUCAGGCAUACAAAGACAUUGCAAAUAAAAUCAAGGAGUACUGUGACGCACAGUCCCAAGAAGCCACUUGACCUGCAGCGGUAGCAGCAGCAGCAGCAGCAGUCAUCACCACACUAACCAACACAUUCUACAGAAAAGUCUUGUCAUUCAUGCAGAGGUUUAUUUUACAUUUACUUCUUAAAUCCAUAUUAUUAACAUCA